AUUGGUUCAUUUCCUCCUAUGACCUCACUGGAGCCAUUGUGAGGAGUUGCAGACUCUGCCCACAUGAGGCCCUGGCUGGGGCUUCUCACUCUGCAGAGAAGCUGUAGCUAGGUUGUUUGCAGAGUUGUUGAGCUCAGACUUUGAUUAACAUAAACCUUGAUAUUACUGAUCUACGAAAACAGACGCUGUUCAUUUGCUUUGACAUCCAAACAGUGAGUUUGCUUCCCAGGUUGUUGGUUUUGAUUUUUGUCUCUGAGGUGGUUCUUGUCUUAAUUUGUGCUUUUCAUUCAGUUUCUUCUGACUAGUCCCAUAUUUCUAUUCUUAAACAUGGUUCCUUGAUAUUUUUAAAUAUAUUUUUUCUGGUUUUCAAAGUUUAUUAGUAUGGACAAGCUGUAAAAGCCAUCUAUUUCAUCACCAUGUAGAUGUUUAUCACAUCUACCUGUGCCCUCUAUUAUCUCAUAAAUCCUUUGAAGCACUUAAAUGCUCAUCCACCCUGGUAACUAUCUUCCACACUUGCUAUGUUGCACCCCAACGCCCUGCAAAAAAGACCAAAAACUGUCAUGUGUACCAUGAGGUACAGUCCAUUUCAUUACAGCAUCCCAGUGUCGGGGAGGGCUGGCAUCCUUUAGAUGAGCAUCUAUAUGAGUUUUAGACAAAGGAAUGGAAUAUGUGAAGUGUGGAGACAAUGUCUGUAGUCGUCAGAAUACUUAGAGAACUUUAGUAUCCUAGUGCAAAGGGCGUUGGGACAGACCAUGGGUUCAUUCUCUAACUAGUCCAUACCCGUGUCCCUAGCAAAGGUCAGCACAGAGUUGCUGAGUCUGUUCACCUUGUUACUAUGGCACUUGUUACCUUGUUACCAUGUUACCUGCUUACUAUGUUCUUAAAGUCAAAGUGUCCUGCUCAGGUUUGAUAGGAAUGGUCUCACACCUUCUCACAUGUCUGAAUGCCUGGGUUCUAGCAGGAGGUGCAGUUUGGAGAAAUCAUAAAAGCCCAGGGCCUCAGGAGAAAUUGGGUGACUGGAUGCACCAUGGACCUGCCAAAGGCAUGUACCCAACUGCUUCAGACGUAUCUUCCCAAGUCCCCAGCUCCUCAUCUGCCAUCCCUCCCUGUCCCCUGAGAGCCUAAGAGGAGGGUUACCCUUUGUCAUGUAAGAUGUAUCUUGUUGAGGGAUUUGCUCAUAGCCUUGACAAAAGUUAUGCAGUCCCUGGAGCAGGGUAGAGAAUCACCUUUUGGUCUCUUUGCUGUUACUGGUCCAUUCCUUACUGUGAUAUCACAAAAAGCCUUUGUGAGAAGUUAUUGAAAUCUCUUCCUAUAAGGCCCUGCAGCCGACUGCGGUUUGUCUUGAUGCUGCAGAGAAACUCUUGUUGGAUAGAGAGCACCGGACUUCUACACUUGACCUGAUAAACUGGAAUCUCCUAAUGUCUUGGACCUUGACAUUGGGAGAUUUCCUCUUUGUUGGCUGGAUUUUGUGUUCAGUUGUUCUUUUUGAUACAUACACUCAAUGCUUUUUGUUGAGGCACAGAUUUCUGCUUAUGUGUUCAUUUCAUUUAAUUGUUCCAUUUAAAUUUUUUGCCAUGUUUUACUUUGGUUUCAUUUUUCUUAUUUUAAACGAUAUCUGUAUGAAAUAAAAAAUCCUUUGUAACACUUCUAUAGAUAUAAACAGUGACCUGGGAUCAUUUUCAUCUGCCUGUGACAUUACAGCUGCCCCUUGUGUGUGCCCCAAAGUUCCCCAUUUCAAUUAAAGUUCAAGCUACUGAUCCAUAGCUCUAGUCACCAUUUCUCUGGAACUGGAAGGGGGAGGGCGUUGCAGUGCAAAGCUCAUGUCUAUUUCUUCUUCAGAGAAUGACAAAAGUUGAUGUUUUGUGGCCAAGUGUGGACCUCUUCACUUGAUCUCCUUACAUGCUUGCUAGUUUCCCCAUAGAACUGUCCUAGGAUUCCCGUUGAACUCUCUGUGAACAGGAAACAUCCUAGCUGUCAUGUAUUGUUUGAACUUGUGUGAAGAAGCAAGGAAUCUGAUAACAGAUGUACAAGUGGAUAUUCCUCAGAACAUCGGAGUAUACUCAAGCCUGUGUGUGUGUGUGUGUCUUGUUGUUGUUGUUGUUAUGGGCUAAGCCUCAGGGUUAUACUGUUUUUCAAGACCGUGUUUGCAAUGAUCUUUCCUAGUAUCUUUUUGAAGCUACCUGACGAACACUGGUCUCCGCUAUACGGAAAGACCCAUCAUGCACUCUGUUGGUCCUGGGAUGUCCUUGCUAGCAGAAGUUGUGUUUCUCUUUCCAUGUCAUCCCUAAAUUGAUUAUAUUGUAUGUUUUGUAACAUCCAGACUUGAUCUUCACGCCCAGGGUGGAGUAUCUGGAAGGCAGCAAGUGCUAUGUAGGUUUGAUAACAUCUUAUCAAUGUGAGUGUCUCUUUUAUGACUCAAGAAAUCUCUUGCUUACAGGGAUAUCAACUCUGCAGUCAGUUCACAUCACACACGCAGGGCUCCCUAGGUCCUGCUUGUCCUUUCAUUCCUCAUGUCUUGUCUCACAUUUCAAGAAUUUGAAUCUUCUCUCUGGGUGACGCAGGUCAAGGGUUUCUCAGACUUCAUCCUUUCAAAUCACCAGAUCUUUGCUUUGAUCUUUGUUUCUUUGGCCUUUGAUUCUGACUCUAAGAGACCACUUAUUUCAUCUCUGAGGUUUCUCAUGCUUUCUCAUAACUGCUUUGGGGUUUGGGUUGGCGUUUAUUUUCUUUUUAACCUCUGACCCCAAUAUGUAUCAUAAGGAGGUUUGAGAUAGCUAAUUUUUUGAUGAUUUUCAUGAUGUAGACAUUGAGAGCCAUAAACUUCUCUUCUAGACCUGGUUUUGUCUUUUACCUUCUAGAAUCUUGUGGUGGUCCCAGCCCCCACCUGUCAGGGUGGGGGCCAUGGAGGAGGAGAAAACGGAAAACCUGUGGCAUAAGAGCUGGCCGGGUUUUUCGGCCCCACAGAUUUAUUCUGAGGAGAUGGAAAGUACGUCAUCAUAUGAAACUGUCCUUGACAGUGAGUUAGAGGAGGACUACUUCUCCUGCGUAGAGGAUUUAGACAUGGAGGAUGACAGCGGAGAGGCUGAGAUCCAGGAGAAGGGCAGCAUCACCAUCCAGUCAGGCCUCCAUCUGCUCUGUGCCCUGCACCAGAGGGAAGACCCUGAAGAAAAUAUGGGCCCUAGCCCAAGCCAAAGCGAAGUAAUUGAAGACACCAUUGGUGCUCCCCUCAGCCAGGGAUUAGUCCCUGAGGUCAGCAUGGGCACUGGCCCCAGCAGGGAUACUGACUCCAAGACAGGCCAUGGCCCAAGCCAGGGCAUAGACAUUUAUGAAACUGGUUAUUGUGCUCCCGAGAGCCAGAAUACAGUGCCCAAUGUCAGCACGGGCACUGGCCCCAGCAGGGAGAGUGAGGGCACCAUAGGCCAUGGCCCAAGCCAGGCCAUAGACAUUGACAAAACCGGUUAUUGUGCUCCCGAGAGCCAGAAUACAGUGCCCAAUGUCAGCACGGGCACUGGCCCCAGCAGGGAGAGUGAGGGCACCAUAGGCCAUGACCCAAGCCAGGGCAUAGACAUUGACAAAACCGGUUAUUGUGCUCCCGAGAGCCAGAAUACAGUGACCAAUGUCAGCACGGGCACUGGCCCCAGCAGGGAGAGUGAGGGCACCAUAGGCCAUGGCCCAAGCCAGGCCAUAGACAUUGACAAAACCGGUUAUUGUGCUCCCGAGAGCCAGAAUACAGUGCCCAAUGUCAGCACGGGCACUGGCCCCAGCAGGGAGAGUGAGGGCACCGUAGGUGAUGAAUCAAGCCAGGCCAUAGACAUUUAUGAAACCGGUUAUUGUGCUCCCGAGAGCCAGAAUACAGUGCCCAAUGUCAGCACGGGCACUGGCCCCAGCAGGGAGAGUGAGGGCACCGUAGGUGAUGAUCCAAGCCAGGCCAUAGACAUUUAUGAAACCGGUUAUUGUGCUCCCGAGAGCCAGAAUACAGUGACCAAUGUCAGCACGGACACUGGCCCCAGCAGGGAGAGUGAGGGCACCGUUGGUGAUGAUCCAAGCCAGGCCAUAGACAUUUAUGAAACCGGUUAUUGUGCUCCCGAGAGCCAGAAUACAGUGACCAAUGUCAGCACGGGCACUGGCCCCAGCAGGGAGAGUGAGGGCACCAUAGGCCAUGGCCCAAGCCAGGUCAUAGACAUUGAUGAAACCGCUUAUUGUGCUCCUGAGAGCCAGAAUACAGUGCCAAAUGUCAGCACGGGCACUGGCCCCAGCAGGGAGAGUGAGGGCACCGUAGGUGAUGAUCCAAGCCAGGCCAUAGACAUUUAUGAAACCGGUUAUUGUGCUCCCGAGAGCCAGAAUACAGUGCCCAAUGUCAGCACGGGCACUGGCCCCAGCAGGGAGAGUGAGGGCACCGUAGGUGAUGAUCCAAGCCAGGCCAUAGACAUUUAUGAAACCGGUUAUUGUGCUCCCGAGAGCCAGAAUACAGUGACCAAUGUCAGCACGGACACUGGCCCCAGCAGGGAGAGUGAGGGCACUGUAGGUGAUGGUCCAAGCCAGGGCACAGAAUUUGAUAUAAGCUCUGGUGGUCCUGUGCCUCCCUGUCUGUACCCUGAAGUCAUCAUUAUCCCUGGCCCCCCCUGGGAGAGUGAGGAGUCCCUGAACACUCCCCUGAGCCACAGGGAAGCAUGUGAAGAUACUGAGGGCAUUCUGCCCAGCCCAAAUGAAGACAACUUGCAUGGUGAGGAAAACCAGAACCCAGACAGGAGGAGGAGAUGGCGCCUCAAAGGGGUGAGGAGGCAAAUCCGCCGUCUCUGCUGCUGUUUCUUCUGUUGUCUCCUCACCUCAACGGAAGAAGCCCCAACCCCCAGGUCUGAAGAACAGGCCUGGGGCCAUGGUUCUUAAACCAUGGGUCUCGUUCGGCCUGGUGUGGCCUACCAGCCACAAGAGGGGGCCAGGCCAGAACAUUAUAGAGCAUUGUACCCAAAAUCAUCACGCCCAGUGACACAUGCUGUGACUCAUAAGGACAAGCUCUGUACCCCUCCUCUCCCUGCAGUGGGAGCUGUUAGCUCCCUUAAGAUGACUCUACUGAAAAUCAUGGGUCGCUUGAACCUAUGAAGAACAGCGGGGUAACCUGUUGUAAGCGCCCUCUCUGGGAUAACAUGUCAACUUAUAGCUUUGUGUGGCAGCAUUUCCAAUGAUGCCAUGGUGGUAUGGAACCCACUGUCACUUUUCACUUGAUGUUGGCACAUCAGGACUAUGUUCUACUCUUAAGAACAUAUCCCAGGCCUAAAAGAGAAAUUUCUCUGUUUAUUAUUUCAUUAUUCAAUAAAUAAAUUCCUCACUUUAUUAAAUGUUGACUUGAUUUUUAUCCUGACCCGUGGGGCAGUAUUAUACAGGCCCUACAUUGUAUGGCAGCCAAACUUACAAGCCAGCUCAUACCUGGCCACAGGGAAGGUGGUCACAUGACUUCCAGACAGGAUGUCGCCAUCCUCAAAAGAUUAG